AUGGAUGUGAGUGUAAUGAAAUUUUCAUGUUGUGCUGAAAAUAUGAAAUCUAUUCCUGUCAGUGUUUCCAUGGUUGAACCAGUUAAGAAACUUAAUCCCAUUUCUUCCCCACAUGAUAAGCAGAUUUUUACAUAUGAAGGCUUAAAACCCUCAGAUGAUCGUGUAGAUUUAGGGAAAUUUUCCACUCCUCAUGGGAAGACAUAUUUGUCCCAUGCUUGGAGAAACUACAUUAGCCAUGUUGGUCAAGAAUUUCCAGGUGGUGUCAAGGAGUUUAGACAAAGAUUGAUGAAGUAUGCAGUUGAAAAGGGUUUCAGGUAUGUUUAUGUAAGAAAUGAUAGUGAACGUGUUACUACUGAAUGCUUCAAUAAAGAUGAUGAGGGUUGUGUUUGGCUUGUGCAUGCCAUUUUGAAUCGUCCUAGCAGGUUAUUCUACAUUAAAAGUCUAAAUAAUGUACAUACAUGUAAAGCUAGGUUUCAUGAUAAAAAAAGCAUCAAGAUGGGUUCCAAAAUUGUGGCGUCGGUCCUUGUUGAUGAGAUUCGAACCAAUCCAAUUGUAAGAUCAAUCGAUGUUGUUAGAGAUUUCAAGAAAAACUAUGGUAUAGCUUUUUCUUACUAUAAUGCUUGGUAUGGUAUAGAGUUAGCAAUGAUGAAGGUCCAUGGUGAUGAUACACAGUCAUAUAGACAACUAUUAUGGUAUGCAGAAGCAGUGCUAGCAACCAACCCAGGCUCUCAUGUCCAACUUGAUUAUAAUGAUAGUUCAUGUCGGUUCGAGCGUUUAUUCAUUUCAUAUAAUGCUAGUAUUGAAGGGUUCAAAUUCUGCAGACCUUUCUUGUGCCUCAAUGGAACUUUUAUAAAAAACAAGUAUGAAGUUCAUUUGUUGGUAGCCAUUGGGAAAAAUGGUAAUCAAGGUAUGAUUUAG